GCUUUAGUUCCGCAGCAGAAUGCACCAGGACGGUUUUACUGUUAAGUCCUCAGUGGGACAAAGAUAGCUGCGGUGAAUCCAGCUUGAGGGGUUGUUAGCUGAUCCUGGAGCCCCACCACAGCGCAUGGAGAGACUCUCAGCCUCUCAGACAACCGGUGGCUGACUCACAGCUCGACCACAAGAAGUGAACUGACCCAGCCGCUCCAGCUGCUCUGCAAUGUGCAGCCAUCGAGGAAGUUGUUAGAGGCAGAAUGAGUUGUUGUGUCGGCACAGGCCACCGGGACUGAGCUCUGUACUCCAACCGAGUCAACCUGAAGCAGCAUCCUUGUUACAUGAGUACAGCCAUGAAGUUCAACCAGUGCAUACUGCAGGACACUCCCGGGAACCACAACGAGAACAAAGUGUGGAAAUGGCACAUUCAGGACCCCGCCAGCCAGAGACUGACGUGGAACAAGCCACCAAAAAGUGUCCUUGUCAUCAAGAAGAUACGAGAUGCCAGUCUGCUCGAGCCUUUCAAAGAGCUCUGCAUGUUCCUCACCGAGGUUAAAAACUUGAUUGUUUAUGUGGAAAAGAAAGUUCUUGAGGACCCAGCCAUUUCAGGCGACGAAAACUUUGGGGCUGUUACUAAGAAAUUCUGCACUUUCAGAGAAGAUCUUGAUGACAUCUCCAAUCGUGUAGACUUCAUUAUCUGUCUUGGUGGAGAUGGGACUCUGCUGUAUGCAUCUUCGCUCUUUCAGGAGAGCGUUCCACCAGUUAUGGCCUUCCACCUGGGCUCCUUAGGCUUCCUGACCCCUUUCAAGUUUGACACAUACCAGUCUCAGGUCACACAAAUUAUUGAAGGUAAUGCUGCCAUUGUCCUGCGAAGUCGCUUGAAGGUGCGGGUGCUUAAAGAGAACUUGGAGAAGAAGGCCAGAGUGGAUGAAAAGGGUAUCAUCUUGACCAAUGGGGACAUCGAAAGUAGCCGGAAAGCCAUGCAGUAUCAGGUACUGAAUGAGGUGGUGGUGGACAGAGGACCCUCCUCUUAUCUCUCCAAUGUCGACCUCUUCCUGGAUGGACACCUCAUUACCACAGUGCAGGGAGACGGCGUGAUAGUAUCUACACCUACAGGAAGUACAGCGUAUGCAGUGGCAGCAGGAGCAUCUAUGAUCCAUCCCAACGUUCCCGCCAUCAUGAUCACCCCCAUCUGCCCACACUCGCUCUCCUUCAGACCCAUUGUGGUGCCGGCCGGGGUGGAGCUGAAGAUAAUGCUGUCCCGUGAUGCCAGAAACACAGCCUGGGUGUCAUUUGAUGGAAGAAAGAGACAAGAGAUCUGCCAUGGAGACAGUAUUACCAUCACCACUUCCUGCUUCCCCGUUCCUUCCAUCUGUUUCCGGGACCCGGUCAACGACUGGUUCGAGAGCCUGGCCCAGUGUUUACACUGGAACGUGAGAAAGAAGCAGAACUACCUCAGCUCAGAGGACGAGGAAUUCUGAGUCCGUUUCCACCAUCUAUGAGGUCUUCUCCAAGGUCUCUAGGACUCUCAAGUCUUGGUUUUAACUUGACCAUGCUCUGUGCCAUUUUGUCUUUUAUGGAUGGGGGGGUCUCACCAAACUCUAUUCAGAAAAAUCUUUCAUGAUAAUGUUGCCAUUCAUAUGUAUUAAAAUGUUUCUAUCGAAUAAUGUGGUACAUUAACAAGCGUUGGGCCAAACAGCACCUUUGCUGCGGUCUCCAUGUUUUAUUUUGGUGGAAUCUAUGUGUGGGAGUAAGAGGUGAACUAUGAAACCCAAAAGAGUUCGAUAAAAUGAAAUAAAAAUAGCAUUAAAUAAAUAUGGUGUUAUGAAAAUAUGCAUUAUGAAAUAACUUAAACGAUUAAACCUCAAAUCAUUAUAUAACAUGUUUUGGUGACAGUGUUGACUUAAAAAGUGAGAUUUUAAAAUAACUGAAACAAAAAAAGGAAAUGGGGGGGAAAAAUUAUACAUUAUACAUAAUACAUUUCUAAUUAUAAAAAAAAAUCACAAUUUAUUGGAAACUUUUGGGCUCGGAAUCUGAACGAUGAGCCUAAUGAAACUCACUCAUGUUACUCUGAGAAUUGGGUUUACACCAAGUCACCCACUAAAGUUUUACCUUUUUAUGUUGGAAGUAUGCCGCAUUAAUGAGGAUAUUAUGUCAUGUUCUAAUGUGUAAGCACGUUAAAAUGGUGGAUUUUUGAAUGGAGUUUGGUCCCGCUAUUGUUCCAGGAUUGUCCCUGUGUUUUCUUUUGUAUGCUGUGAAAACUGGCCUUUUGAAGUCCAAAUGCAGUUUUGUAGAGGAGGUUUUUUUGACUUCUUCUUGGACUAAAAUGCACAAGGUCAGUUGUGGAUGGCAGUUACUGCAAUACUCUUGAUGGGGGUUAUCAGGUCUGUUCUAGCACUUUUUAAUCUUUAGGAAGGAUGGCAGGGACACAUCUACUACUUAAUAAACAACAAAAGCUGGUUUUCUCAGUAGAGGGGAAAGGCCACAUUGCAAUUCUCUGGAAAAUUCCCUAAAAAGUUCAGUUGAAUCAAACUUUCCCGAAUUCCAUCAAUGGAUAAAAUGUUUUACACAAUUUAUGAAGUGCUCCCGGGGAAGAGCAGAUUUACAGUACAUUACUUGGCAAUAGUGGCCCAACUGUACAGACUGUGCCUUAAACACUGGUAUCAUUAAUGUAUAGAAAUAUUAUUUUUCAAGGUUUACAUCAUGGUAAUUUUUUUAAUCACACACAGAUCUGUGAUUUGUGCAUUUUCAUUGUAACCACAUGUUGACUGUUGUCUUUGCUGUCUGCAGCACAUGACACUUGAUUGACUAACUGAAUUAUGUAGUAUGCUCCAUAGUGUGUAGUCGUUGGAUGAGGUGUCAAGAAUGCAACAAGGUGAUAUUAAUUCCAGGCAAAGAGACCACAGUUCAGAUGUCUUCAGCAUAUUUUUUAACAUUUUAAAAUGUCCUCUAAGCCAUAGCUGAACUCUGUAGGUUUUAUAGACCAGUGUGUGUGUGUGUGUGUGUGUGGGCUGUGUGUGAUUUAAUGGUCUGUGUAUGUUGUUGCAUUCGUUCUUAUCAGUUCGCUCCAAGUCUGUCACUGUGCAGUCUUUGCUGAAUACUUUAAAGUGGCCUAUCUUGCAUAUCUGUUCACCUAUAAUGUCUAGGCGUUGUGAGUUGGCUCAACAAAUUGUGUCAGGGUGAAAAGAUGAAAAGUGGUGUCACCUGUUUUAACUCUCAAGUGGACCAGCUCUAAAAGGCAAUCAUUCCUUUAACUUUAAAUGUAUAUAUAUAUAUAUAUAUAUGUGAUGCUUGAAUAGGAUGUAUUUUGUAAAGUCUAUAUGUUUAUUAACCAGUUUACAAUGUAUCAUUGCUGAAAAUAAAUCUAUUUAGUACUUUUUUACAUUACCAAGUUCUUCAGUUAAUUCUUUCUGUUUUAGCAGUUCUGAUUCUCUAACUCAAAUUUUCUCUGUAAUUGGUCAAAGUGCAGUAAAGUACAUUCACAUAGAACCAAAGCUUAUUCAAAAUGCAUUUCAGGACAACUUGAAUAUUGUAAUUUUCAGAUGAAGUCGUAUAAUCCAUGUGUCCAAGCAGAUACUGGCAGCCAGUGUGGUUUGUUUCAAAUAUUGGACUGAACUGUUGAGUCCCAGUUAAGCCCAGCUCUACAGAUAGCUCUGACUUUCUGUGAAGCAUUGUCAACUCUUCUCUUAAAGUGCUUUUCACUUUUGUAACUCUGAGAGCCUCUAACUCUGACUUUUGUAUUGGUAAGUUUGUUAAUGUUUCUUAUAUGAAUCAUGCUAUUUUUCUUUUUCCAGAGCACUUUAAUAAACAGAGAAAAAAAA